CUGCAAUUCUCACACUCUACAGAGUAUCUAAACUACAAGUUCCAUAACCAGUCCAACAUACAAGUUAUUGUAUACCCUGGGCUACUCCACCCCUUGCUCCGUUCAUUCACAACUUCCCUGCAGCGGAUUUCCACCUUCCUCUUCCACCUCCGCUUCCACUUCUCGCGCCUUUAAACGAAUCUCGGCCUCACAAUGUCCUUCGACACCACUCCUACGCCCUCUUUUAGCGCGUCCGAUCCUCACGCCCGCUUCCUGAAUUCCUCAUGUCUCGAUCUGCUCCUCAUCGAGCUCGUGCCCAUGGCAGAGCGGCUAGUUCAAGAGCUGGAAGCUAACAAUGCUCCGGACGGAGCGAAUGGCGCAAAAGUAUUAGAAGAAGAGGAGCUGCGCGAAGCUACGUUUUAUAGAUUGGAAAGUCUGGGAUACAGGGUUGGACUGGGGCUGGCGGAACGAUUCUCCCGCGAUCGCCCCCGCUUCACUGAUAACCUAGAUGUAAUCAAGUUCCUCUGCAAGGACAUGUGGACAAUCCUCUUCAGAAAGCAGGUAGACAAUCUCAAGACGAACCAUAGAGGUGUCUAUGUUCUCACAGAUAAUUCUUUUAAACCAUUCCAGCGCAUGAGUAUGGUUGUUAGGAGUGAAGCAGUUACAAGAGCGCAAUCAUAUCUCUGGUUUCCAUGCGGUAUAAUUCGCGGGGUAUUAGCGAGCCUAGGUAUUAGUGCUACAGUUCAAGCCGAAUCGGCAGACUUACCAGGCGCGACGUUUCAGAUCAAGACGACGCAACUGAAGUCAUGAAGAUCAUGGUGAAAACAUUUACGCUGCAAGUUCCGGAGAUGAUACCCCUAUCUUAAACUUUCUACUUCGCCUACCACGAUCCGAGACAUGUACAUGACCUAGAGGGUACCCUGAAGGUAAAGUUUCGAGAGUUAUUACAAUUUUAUUCAUUUGCUUUCGGUAUAUCUACCUACACGAUGACCCCGCCGUCGAUUCGAGAACGCCAUUCAUCCAGCUUGUUACCUUCGAUUUACAACCUAUCAGAAAGUCAGCAAUUAGCAAAGUAUUCUCACUUGGCGCAACGACGACUACCCAUUAGAAAUAAUGGGUGGAAAUGGGUCGAUGGGUUGCACAAACGGUAGUGGUCAAUCGGACUACAUAGUCUCAACCAAGGCGGCAGGUAGUUUACUUUUGUGGAGGGUUCUUGACAAAGUCAAUUCCUUUCUCGAUGUUGCCCUUGAGGCCCUUGUAGCAGACGUCUAGAAGCUGCUUCUCCUUCUCCGUGGCGCCAUCGAGGAUAUCGAUAGCCUUCUCGGCACCAGAGGCCUGGAUAUAUUGUCAGAAAUCCACAAAAUAUCAAAUAAUUCUACUGGACUCACUCCAAGCU